AUGAUUGUGGGAUCUGGUAUUCUUGGAAUAAUUUUCUCCCUAAAUCGCGAUGUGGUCAACUUCGUCGUCAACCCGAACAUCACUGAACAUAUACCAAUCGGCUACCGGCAAUUUUCUGACACAGAAAUCAAAAUGAUGUAUGAAAUGUUCGCAGCGGUCACGCUUUGUGCAAACCUGAUUUUUGCUCUUUCGCCUUCUCGUGAAGUUACGAGCUGUAUUGAAGGCAAAUAUAACAAGAUGAGGAAAACCUUCAAGCUGGAGUUGGACCAAGUGUUGCUAACUUUCAUGGACAAAAGGAUGAUCACUCUCACACCGCUCUUCUUUCAUAAUGGUUUCUAUACUAUAUUCUGGGUCUGUGUCUAUCCAACGACUCUAGUGUUUUCCAAAUCACUGUCGAAUCAAAUUUAUCUGCCCGCCAUAUACAGUUUCACUGUUGGUGCUGGAGAAAUUACAAUGGGAGUGAUCAUAAGCCUUAUGUCAAAGCGAAUAAAGAAUUUUGGCUUGAAACCGACUAUGUACUGUGCUCUUAUUCUUACCACAACUCUGAUAGUCGUAUUGGUGGCUUCGGUGCCCGCUUGGGCCACUGUGGGUUACACAGAUGCUCCGGCUUGGCUAAUGGAAUCCAAUAUGCCAUUGAUGAUAUUCAUAGCCUUCUUGAUUGGGCUAGGAGAUUCAUGCGUAAACAACGUCAGGAACGUCAUUUGUGCCCUGGCAAUCCCAGAUCAGCGAGCACAAGCGUAUGCUAUCUCAAAAUUCUACCAGGCCUUCGCUGGAGCAAUCUUGAUGUUCACCAGUCCAUACUUAUCCAUCUAUCAUUAUGGUGCACUGCUGUUCUGCUCAUUGUUGACAGCCACUGUCUGCUUCAUCUACAGCGCAGAUCAAACGAAAGCAAUGGAGAAGGAACAUCAUAAAAAGGAGCUCGUUUUCGAAAAAAUCUCAUCGAUUGAAUGCUGA